AUGCAAAAACUGACGGAGCGCAUAGACGACCUGAAGCAGAGUAUCGCUGCUUGGGGAAAGCGGAUUCGGCGAUAUACCGAGAGGUCGACACGGUUUAACCAGAAUCGUCUCUUCCAGAGUGAUCAGAAGAGGCUCUAUAAAUCGUUGGAGCGACCAAUGGUAAGUGGAACGGGCCCAGCACCGAAUCAGGCCGACACUGUAGCAUUCUGGCGCGGCCUGUGGUCAGAGCCCAUAAACCACAGCGAGGGCCCUUGGAAGGAAGUUGUGGCGAGUCAGUGUGCGAGUAUAACGCCCAUGGACCCCGUCAAUAUAACGCCGGAUGACGUAGCUGAGGCGGUCCGUAGGGCCCCGAACUGGAAAAGUCCGGGACUCGACGGGCUGCAUCACUACUGGCUGAAGGGGUUUGUGGUGUGUCACACUGUGCUCGCCCGACAGUUCCAAGAGGCUCUCAACCAGAAGUCGCUCCCGAGCCUCUUCACUACUGGGAUCACGCAUUUGGUUCCUAAAGACCAGAGUGAUAAGAAGAGGCUCUAUAAAUCAUUGGAGCGACCAAUAGUAAGUGGAACGGACCCAGCACCAAAUCAGGCCGACACGGUCGCAUUCUGGCGCAGCCUGUGGUCACAGCCCGUAAACCACAACGAGGGCCCUUGGACGGAAGUUGUGGCGAGUCAGUGUGCGGGUAUUACGCCCAUGGACUCCGUCAUCAUAACGCCGGAUGACGUAGCUGAGGCGGUCCGUAGGGCCCCGAACUGGAAAAGUCCGGGGCUUGACGGGCUGCAUCACUACUGGCUGAAGGGGUUCAUGAGUCUCAUUGACUCAGAAUACGAGUCAAUCUUGGAAGAGGAAACUUUUGAAGAUGUUGGGACGAAUGAUAAGUACAGGCCUAAUAAUGAACCAGAGGAAUCGUCCAGCUCUUCAAGUUCCUCCUGUAAAGAUAAAGUUCCAGUUGAUGAAGAUGACAAUGAGGUAGCAGAAUACGUCGUUCACGUGGGUCACUUAGUUGUAUUCGGGGAAGAAAUAUUAGCUCUCGCGGAAGAAGCGGUCGCGGAAGUAGAAGCCGAGGAUGCGGUCGGGUAA